AUGUAUCAGUUCAACCGUGAGUUAACUGCGAGGGGGGUCGAGUGGAACCCCAGCAGUCUUUAUUUUGUACUGGAGGCUUGGGAUUAUCCCGGUGCCAGCUCUGCGACGGACUGGAAUUUCCGCACUGGCAUCAUCGAUGAAGACCAGAUUGAAGAAUGGCUUGACCAGACCGGAGAAUUUUCUAUGCCAAUUGCACCUGCGGGUGUUGGUCCGGCCCACGGAGGCAUACGAUUGUUGGCAUGUAACUACACCCUAUUCAAAAAAGCAUCAGUAAGGAUGUCUCGUGGAACAUUCGAACUAGUCGAAUCGAGAUUUCACCUCCACCCAGCGACACUGCACUCGUUGGAGGUGGCCGGUGGUACCUUUUCGCGACAUUUUGGCAGUGGCACGGACGGAGAUUGGACAUCAAUCAUUCUGAAAGUACCGCAAAAGUUCGAGAUAGGCAACCACAUGCUUUCGCUCACACAUCAUACAAAUUCGCGCUGGACGACAGCUUUGCUCGCGGGCGAGUCGAUUGUUGAGGCACUACCCCAUGCUCAGCAUACGGCCCCAGAGGCCCUGGGACGAUUAUCCCCAUGUGCUAUAAUCCGAGAAUAUCUAACUCGUUCUCCAAGACUUUGGAACUACCCCCUCACGUUGCCAUGCAUCAUUCUGACUGAUCAUUUGCGCCGGGCGCAAUCAUACUCCGCCAGGGAUCUUACGCAGAGCGUAAUGUCCAUAGAAGAACAGCUUGGAGUAACGCGAGUUGGAAGAAGGGGCAAUGGACCAAUCUCUCGCAGCGUAAGGGGGAUUAUGGGCACAGAGGGAAGGCCUGUGCAAAGAACCCAUGCUGAGCAUCUCACUGUUGAGAUAAAUACACAGGUCACUAGGGUGCGUUUUACGUCUGCAUCUCCAAUGUGGAAUCAUGAGGCAUCUGUGAUGAUUAUCGGCCUUGCAAGGGAGUUCUCUAGACUCAUGGGCCAAGUGCCUAAUUCAGACGAUGAAAUCAUAGGCUUAUUGGAACAUAAUAUCAACAUUGCAAGGUCGCUUGAGGAUCAUGUUCUCGGACUACAGAAACGAUUGGAACUGCAACUGAAUGUGCUCUACAGUUUCGUGGCCCAAACAGAUAACCGAAUGAACGCACGUCUUGCUGCAACAGCUGGAAGGGACAGUACAUCAAUGAAGAUAUUAGCUUUCAUCACCACCAUAUUUCUUCCAGGGACUUUCGUUGCGACUCUGUUUUCAAUGAAUAUGUUCAACUGGGAGGACCAGGGAUCGGACAGGACUGUGUCAUCCAAGUUCUGGAUCUACUGGGCGGUUGCAGCACCUCUUACGGUCAUGACCCUCGGCGGAUGGGGGCUAUGGUGGAAUUUCGAGAAACAUCGCUAUGAUGAGCACCUAGAAAGCACCGUUAAACGAGCAGGAGAAGUGAACCCACCGCCAUGGUGGCAAAGACUGUUACGAGUUCGGGAGACUUCACGCCCGGAGAAAUACGAUGUUCCAACAGUGAUACCAGUUGACGUCCAGGGAAAUGCCAGACAACGUGUACGAGCUGAACGACCGGAGCGCAGAGCCAGUAGGACGCGGUGA